GAAACUGCACGGUCUCCUGCUCAAGAUCACAUGGUUUUAAGGGCCUUUCUCUGUUUAAAUACAAGGCAUCCAUCCGUCUAUCCACCCACCUCUUAGCUAAAGUUGCUAGAUAUUGCAGAGAAAACGGAAGUGAAGAAACAUGUUGCCGAUCGCGAGACUUUUCUUUCCACCUCCUUUCUUUAUCAAAGCAAUGUCAGUGAUUUGUGUUGUGUCAUUAGGAAAUGUUGGGCUCUCAGAGAUUAGGGGAAAGCACAUGCAAUACUCCAAAUUCUUGAAUAUUGGUGAAAAGAAGCCCAUCGAAAAAAAGAUUCAAGUCUCUAGUAGAACUGGCAUGCUCAUUGCUUACACACCAGCAUUUCUUGCCGGCGCUGCUUCGUUCGGGCUCUUCCCAAAUGAGGAUCUCAGGUUUUUGUUGGUCAAAUCAACUCUAACCUUCCAUUUCUUCAAAAGAAUACUUGAGGUGCUAUUCGUUCACAGAUACAGUGGAGGGAUGGAAGUUGAGUCUUUGAUUCCUAUCACUCUUAGUUAUUUCACAUCCUCUGUGUUUGUCAUCUAUGCUCAACACCUAGCACAAGGACUCCCAGAGCCAGCUAUUGAUUUGAUGUAUCCAGGGCUUUUGUUGUUUCUAAUAGGAAUUAGCGGUAACUUCUACCACCAUUGUCUCCUUUCCAAGCUGAGAAGCAAGGAUGACAAAGAAUACAAGGUCCCCAAGGAAGGCUUAUUUGACCUCGUGAUUUGCCCUCACUAUCUGUUUGAGAUUCUUGGGUUUUUGGGGAUCUCUCUCAUAGCUCAAACAUUGUAUGCCUUUUCCUUCUUCGUUGGAACAACUCUUUACCUGAUGGGAAGGAGUUAUGUCACGAGGAGAUGGUACCUUUCACAGUUCAAAGAUUUUCCCAAGGAUGUAAAGGCUCUCAUCCCUUCUGCAUUUUAAACCUGUACAGAGACGAAAAACAAAUUUGAUGACUUUCCCAAGGAUAUCAACACAAUCAUUCCUUGCUUUCUUUUGAAUGUUCCAAACAUAGAAUUGGAGUCAUCAACAUGUUUCACUCUGGAAAUAUGGCUCUGUGCUCCGUAUCAAAAGGGUCACAAACCACGACUGUAAACCUCCAUCCGGGGUCUGGCAUUAGGUUUUUGUAAUAACUCGCAGUUAUUUAAUGGACUCGGUCAUCUAUUAUUUA